AAUGCCCUCUUGUCUUGUGGCCAGCAUCAAUCCACCAACUGAAACCUGACAUUGAAAACAGGCAACUGAACCAAUUUCAGACAUGGUUUUCAGCUGCUGCUGCUGCUGCUGAUAAACCCUGAAUUUUUCCCUUGUCAAAAACAAGUUGCGGAGAUCGAAGCAGCAGCGCCGCACCCGCCAAUGGAGGCGCUCUACCUGCUGGCGUCCCUGGCCACCACCCUCCUCACCUCCACCCUGCUCUCCCUGCUGCUCCUCCUCCGCCUCCCCUUCGCUCGCCGUUCCGCUCGAGGUGGUGGCGGCGCCGGCGCCACGCGGCUCUACGAGGGCCGCGUCCGGCACUCGCGCCGGCGUCCGGCGGGGCACGCCUUCGAGUACGCCGUGCGCUACGCCCUCGUGGACCUCGACCUCCUCCCCCUCUCCGGCUACCUCUCCGCCGCCGACGCCCGCCGCAUCGCCUCCACCUCCGGACCCGUGCGUCUCCUGACGGUACCCAAGAGCGUGGGGUACGAACAGAACCCACUCAGCGUCUACUACUGCUAUGACGAAGCGGCGCAAGAACAAGAUGAACACCUCAAGAUGUGCAUUGCUGAAGUCACAAAUACUCCCUGGGGGGAGAAGGUGAUGUUUACCUUCCAACCGGGCUCUGAUCUCGUUGCAAAGCCUUUACAUGUCAGCCCCUUCAUGGAUAUGCUUGGCAAUUGGAGUAUUCGUGCUGAUGCCCCAGGCAAUAAUCUGUACGUGGCUAUUGCGGUUCAGCAUCCAACACUAGGGAACUAUUUUACUGCAGCUUUGGAUGCCAAGUUAGUUGGUCAGACGAAUGACUCGGUUAAGCUAGCAACAUUCUUCUGGCUGAUGCCUCAUAAGGUUGCCGCAGGGAUAUACUGGGAGGCCUUCAGGCUUUGGUUGAAGAAUGUGAGAUUCCUAGACCAUCCGAGGUACCUGAGCGGGAGCUACAGGUCCGAAGCUCUGAAGCGCGACCUUGAGAUCCGUUCCUCCUGCAGCUUCCUGCAUCAGAUACCGAGAGAGAGCAUUGGAAGAAGCGGCACAGCAACGACCUAUGAAACAGCAGAAAACUCGAACCAUCAGGAUUACAAAGCUGGCGGAGGGAGCAUCGGGGCGAGGUGGUGCGUCUGGAGGGAUGCUCAAUGGCCAUGGUGCUGAUGGUAACACCAACAGGGAGAAAUCAAUUAUAGUAGAUGAGAUUAUUUUUUUGAAAUGCUCCAAGCUAUGUAUGAUUGAAUCAAAGCUACUCCGUAUUUUGUUUUCUGGGGUAUCUGAGAUCAAUGGAAAGACACAUCUUAAUUUUUUUUCUAUUUCCGUACAUAUUUAUGUGUCAGGAUUUUUAGUAGUGAUUUCCUCCCUA